UCAGGGAAGCCGUUCGACGAAGCCUCGAAGGAAGGGGUGCUCAAGCUGCUCAAGUACGUCGGAGGAACCAACGACAAGGGGGUUGGAAUGGGUAUGACUGCUCCCGUCUCUAUCACUGGUUUCCCUGCUGAAAAUGGCUCCUUACAGCAGAAAGUGAAGGUCUCUCUGCGGAUCCCAAACCAGUUUCAGGACAACCCUCCUUGUCCUAGCGAUGAAAGCAUUAAAAUUGAAGAGAGACCAGGGAUGACCAUUUAUUCCAUGCAGUUUGGUGGCUAUGCCAAGGAGAUGGAUUAUGUGAACUAUGCUGCCAAGCUGAAGUCUGCUCUGGGGAGUGAAGCUGCGUACCACAAGGAUUUCUACUUCUGCAAUGGUUAUGAUCCCCCUAUGAAGCCUUACGGGCGACGCAAUGAGGUCUGGUUUGUGAAACAGUGAACAUCUGUCUCCCUGUGGUGCUGGCUUGCACUGAUAACCUCCCCAUGCUAUGUUCCUGUCCUCUUCAAAAUAAACUAAUAAUUUGUCAGAGGCAGAAAACCAGCAUUCCCUUUCUCCAUGCCUGUGCCUUGGUCUUUUAUGGAC